AUGGAGACGCACAGGUUUAAUUGGAGGGUACUUGGAGCGUGCCCCCGUUGGACGCCCUGGUUCGACCGUGACAACCCGUCUGUUACCGGGGACUGGGAGGUUCUGUCCCACCUCCGCCCGGAAAACCCCGGCCAGAUCUGCCGAUCGCCCAUCGACAUACAGGUUCGCGUCAAGGGCACCGGACAGGACGCGUUUCUGACGGGAGAAGUCUUCGAGUUCUAUGACGUCACCACCGGGUUCGUGUGCAAGAAGGAGGACCAGCCGGACAACACGUGCCUGGACUAUGAAGUCCGCUUCUGCUGCCCUCGUGAGUAG